AUGACUCCAGCACAGUCGUUGACAGUAGAAGUAGUUGAUUGUAUCAUAGCUUACUUGUAUGAUGACGCCCAGAGAAUUACUAUUGAACCAUUCAACAGCGCAAACAGAGCCUUUUUGCAUCAUAAGUCAAUCAAACGCUUGCUUAGUUUACGAUUCGUGGCCAGAUCUUGGGCAACCGCUAUUCCGCCGUUUGUGUAUCAUUCUCUUUGUUUGAGAACUCCUUGGGUCAAUGGCUACUUGAUGAAGAUGUGGCAAAACUGCCUGAGACCUUGUCAUAUUUUCAAUCUUCGAUACCUAUGCUUAGAACAAGUUAUGUUUGUCUCUCCAUCAAAUUUUGGCGGCUUCCGUGGAAUGUUAUCAGAUGAAUGUCAAGAACAAGUCGAUGCUUACUUCGACACAAUCCCCGACCGUGUACCACAGCAAAUCCGCAAGAUUUGCUUUCCCGAGCUCCGAGUUGUACGCACUAGCCAUAUCAAUCCUGGACGUCACCAACCGCCCUGGGUUUGCUGGCAACUUUUCCAAACCGUCGAAGUCUUAAUCACUGAUUAUUAUAACACUCAAGCUUACUGGUACACAUUGUUCAAGGAACUCGGUAAAUUGCGACUGGAGAAGGGAGAAAAUUUCAAGCAUAUCAUCUUCAUAACUCAAGUCGCGGACAUCGAUGAAGAUCUCAAUUUACGAGCCAAGUUCGGUGCUCAUCAAAUUGAAUGCCACUUUAGACGUUCGAUGAAUUACACUGAGACGUUGCUAACUUGGAGACUACAUUAUGACUCAAAGGAGUUUGUAGAUAACCUCAACAGCGGCUCAGAGAGGAAAAUAGGGGGAGAUGGGCCCAGGGCAAUACUUAAACCACAUUCUAGCCCGGUGGUUAGGUUGGAUGUUAACAUCGAGGAGCUGGUUGAAGGUUCAUCUGAAAAGUCUCUAUCAAGUGAAAUCAGUCAAUCGCCCAAUUUGGCGUCGAGUCACUCAAAGAGCUGGGUAAGGACCACUCGAGCAAGUCUUAGACAUAUCGUGAUUUGUUCUGGAAAAGCGGGUUUGUCGAAUCUCCGGGACUCGAUUUGGUUGCUUGACACGGAGGUAAAGGAUUUACGCAGUAAGCAUUGCUUGUUCCAAUCUAAAGGACUGCCAUACCAAGGCGAUGACAGCUUCUUAGAGGGGUUGGACUGGCGUUGGGGUCAGGGAACUAAUCUGGAUGUUUUCACCAACCGUCAUUCUGCUAGAUUGCAUCUAACGAUUCGAAUAUCGCGUUUGGUGCUGGAACAUAAGAUUUCAGAGUUCGGGCUGAAAAACUGGGCCACUAGGUAA